CUUACCCCGGUGAUUGGGCUCCCAAGCCCCGCCCUGGCUGGCUGCGGCGCAGCCCCAAGCAUGGCCUCUUCCCGGACUCCUGUGUCCCCUCCGGAGUUACCCGAGCGGAACUUCCACUACUGCCAAGUCCAAUACUGGGACCGGCGCUAUAAAGAUGCGGCCGACUCUGGACCCUACGAGUGGUUUGGGGACUUCUCUUCCUUCCGUGCCCUCCUAGAGCCGGAGCUGUGUCCGGGGGACCGUAUCCUCGUGCUAGGUUGCGGGAACAGUGCCUUGAGCUACGAGCUAUUCCUUGGAGGCUUCCCUAACGUGUGCAGUGUGGACUACUCUCCAGUCGUUGUGGUAGCCAUGCAAGCUCGCUACGCCGAUGUACCCAGUCUGCGCUGGGAGACCAUGGAUGUGCGAGCGCUGGACUUCCCUAGCGGUUCCUUUGAUGUUGUCCUCGAGAAGGGCACGCUGGAUGCCCUGCUGGCCGGGGAGCCCGAUCCCUGGAAUGUAUCUUCUGAAGGCGUCCACACUGUGGACCAGGUGCUGCGUGAGAUGGACUACAAACGAGCCAAGCUUCGGGAUGAAGAAGCACCGGAGACUCCAGGAGAAGGCAGGGCCACCCCGGACUCACUGGAGGUGGGAUUCCAGAAGAGGACAAGACAGCCCUUUGGGUCACACACACAGUUGGAGCUGGUCUUGGCAGGCCUCUCUCUAAUCCUGGCGGCCCUUCUUUUGGGCUGCCUCGUGGCUCUGUGGGUCCAGUACCACAGAGACCCAGCCCAUAGCACCUGCCUCACAGAGGCCUGCAUUCGGGUGGCUGGAAAAAUCCUGGAGUCUCUGGACCGUGGGGUGAGCCCCUGUCAGGACUUUUACCAGUUCUCCUGUGGAGGCUGGAUUCGAAGAAACCCUCUACCCAACGGGCGGUCUCGCUGGAACACCUUCAAUAGCCUCUGGGACCAGAACCAGGCCAUCCUGAAGCAUCUGCUUGAGAACACCACCUUCAAUUCCAGCAGCGAAGCUGAGCGGAAGACGCAGCGCUUCUACCUAUCCUGCCUACAGGUGGAACGCAUCGAGAGGCUUGGAGCCAAGCCACUUCAAGACCUCAUCGACAAGAUUGGUGGUUGGAAUGUCACGGGGCCUUGGGACGAGGACAACUUCAUGGAAGUGCUAAAGGCAGUAGCUGGGACCUAUAGAGCCACCCCGUUCUUCACCGUCUAUGUCAGUGCAGAUUCUAAGAGUUCCAACAGCAGUGUCAUCCAGGUGGACCAGUCUGGGCUUUUCCUGCCCUCUCGAGAUUACUACCUAAAUAGAACUGCCAAUGAGAAAGUCCUCACUGCCUACCUGGACUACAUGGAGGAGCUGGGAAUUCUGCUGGGGGGACAGCCAGCCUCCACGCGGGAGCAGAUGCAGCAGGUGCUGGAGCUGGAGAUACAGCUGGCUAACAUCACCGUGCCCCAGGACCAGCGUCGCGAUGAGGAGAAGAUCUACCAUAAGAUGAGCAUCUCAGAGCUGCAGGCUCUAGCGCCCUCCAUGGACUGGCUCGAGUUCCUGUCUUUCUUGUUGGCGCCACUUGAAUUGGGAGCCUCUGAGCCUGUGGUGGUAUAUGGGACUGAGUAUUUACAGCAGGUAUCGGAGCUCAUCAACCGCACGGAGCCGAGCAUCCUGAACAAUUACCUAAUUUGGAACCUGGUGCAGAAGACGACCUCAAGCCUUGACCAGCGCUUCGAGUCUGCACAGGAGAAGCUGCUGGAGACCCUCUACGGUACGAAGAAGUCCUGCACACCGAGGUGGCAGACCUGCAUCUCCAACACGGACGAUGCCCUUGGCUUUGCGCUGGGUUCGCUCUUUGUGAAGGCCACGUUUGACCGACAAAGCAAGGAAAUCGCCGAGGGGAUGAUCAGCGAAAUCCGCUCGGCUUUUGAGGAGACACUGGGAGAGCUUGUUUGGAUGGACGAGAAGACCCGGCUAGCAGCCAAGGAGAAAGCAGACGCCAUCUAUGAUAUGAUUGGUUUCCCUGACUUCAUCUUGGAACCCAAAGACCUGGAUGAUGUUUAUGACGGGUAUGAAGUGUCCGAAGAUUCCUUUUUCCAAAACAUGUUGAAUCUGUACAACUUCUCUGCUAAAGUGAUGGCUGACCAGCUCCGCAAACCUCCCAGCAGAGAUCAAUGGAGCAUGACCCCUCAGACUGUGAACGCGUACUACCUUCCAACCAAGAAUGAGAUAGUCUUCCCUGCCGGCAUCUUGCAGGCCCCCUUCUAUGCUCACAACCACCCAAAGGCCUUGAACUUUGGUGGCAUCGGCGUAGUGAUGGGCCAUGAGUUGACACAUGCCUUUGAUGACCAAGGGCGUGAAUAUGACAAAGAAGGGAAUCUGCGUCCUUGGUGGCAGAAUGAGUCACUGACGGCUUUCCAGAAUCACACAGCCUGCAUGGAAGAACAGUACAGCCAGUACCAGGUCAACGGGGAGAGGCUCAACGGACUCCAGACACUGGGGGAAAACAUCGCCGAUAAUGGCGGCCUUAAGGCUGCUUAUAAUGCUUACAAGGCAUGGCUGAGAAAGCACGGGGAGGAGCAGCAGCUGCCCGCGGUGGGGCUCACCAAUCACCAGCUCUUCUUUGUGGGAUUUGCUCAGGUGUGGUGCUCGGUCCGCACACCAGAGAGCUCUCACGAGGGGCUGGUGACCGACCCCCACAGCCCUGCCCGUUACCGAGUGCUGGGCACUCUCUCCAACUCCCGUGACUUCCUUCGACACUUCGGCUGCCCUGUCGGCUCCCCCAUGAACCCAGGGCAGCUGUGUGAGGUGUGGUAGACCUGGGCUGGGAGAGAAGCGGGCAACCAUGGCCAGGGACUGGGGCUUCCAAGUUAGGAGAAGUAAAAGUCAGUUGGUGUGGUUGACUCUCCACACCACAAGUGACAUGAAUCUAGUCCCCACUACCACCACCACCACCACCACCACCACAUUGUGCCUCUGCUUUAGGGGUGCCCAUGCCUCUAGCAGAGAUCCAGCCAUUCACUGUGACAUCCAUUCAUGUGUCACCCUGGAGGGAGUCUAGGCAGUAGGAUCAGCUCCUCCAGAGAGGAUUCUGUCUCUUUUGGCUCCAAGCUUAACUCAGUUUGGAGGCUAAGAGGAUAUGCUUGGGGCGUGCCCAGCUCUCCCUGGGCAUACCCAGUGCUCUAUGGGAAUAAACUCAGCUCCCUUGGGCCCCACCCUCAGGCUGCCCCCACCUAUGUCCCUUGUGCUCCUCCCUAGUACUGCUGCUCCCCUCAAGGACAGAACAACUGAACUCACGUGGCCAAGGGCUCUUACCGGUGACAGGAGAAAUGUGUAUGUGCAGUGGGCACUGGUUCCCUGUGAGUCUUAGGGAUGACUGAUUGUCCCUGGGCCGAACAGAAAAGCAGACCUAGUAAAGAAAUGGAAAGAGAGUUUAUUUUUGCAGGGUAGAGGGUGGGCAGGGUGUAGUCGUGGCUUUAUAGGACCCUUUGCUAAUAAAGAAUAGAUCCCUACCAGUCAGCCUGUCUCUUCCUUCAGUCCUCCUUUUCCUUACUCAGCCUCUCCAUCCUGCCAAUAUUCGAGCAACUACAGUAUAUCAGUAAUUCUUGCUACAUU